AUGGCCAGUCCACUGGAGCAACAGCAACAGGAACAAAUCUCGCAACAAUGGAACCCGCCUUCAGGAACUGCCUUUGCCGAGGGAGGUCUACCUCUCUGGACAGCAGGCACCAUCAACAGUCGAUCUCUUCGGAAUCCGUUUGUCAAAUCGUUUGGGCUGAGACACAAGGCUACGAUGGAUUGGGGAAUGCGGUCUAGGGCACGGACGCGGAGGCAUUGGGACAAGUACUGGCACCAAGUCGAAACAGGAGAGAAAUAUGGCUUUGAUAAUCUCUACGAGACCGGAAACUCCGGCACAGGCGCAGGAAUUAGCGCUGGCGUAAGCACAGAUGUAGGCGCAGGAGGAUCAGGAGGGCCAGGAGGCGAUAAUAGUAAAGCGCCAGGGGAGGAGACAACAAUUUCCUCAUCUCCUCAUACGAAAUCAUAUACCAACGGAACAUCAUCGUCCUCUCUCAACUGCACACAAAAUUCAAAUCUGGAUGCCGAUAGCCGCUCCAAUAGCACAGACAAAUCUUAUCCAACAGCAGCAGCAACGAAGGAUAAUGGCCUUGCUAGGGCGGAGACAGAGCUGUCAUUAUCACCCGACAUGAUCGUCCCGCUUCCCGGCGACAACGAUGGACCUGGAUCCUUAUUCUUUUCACAGCUCCUCAACCACUACCAAAAAUCGCCUCCUUCACAUGAUCCAUCCACCUACUUCUCAUCGACUCGCACAGACCAUAACACUACCACCCAUAACACAACCGCAACAUUUCGGCAAUACUAUCAGAUUAACUGGGAGUUCUACAAACCAGGCGGUCCCAUCAUCCUUUGGUUACCAGGAGAAAGCCCGCUUCACUCCUUGUUCCUCCGACGAGGGCUUGCCUAUGAGUUGGCCAAUGCAACAACAGGGCUCUUGGUGGCACUGGAACAUCGGUUCUAUGGCAACUCUAUACCCAGAUUCCAGGACUCGCCCGCCUCUCAAAUGGAUGGCCCCCUUAUUUUCGAUGCUGUUAGGGAAAAACAGGAGCAAUCACCAUUAUCGACUCCUGCAGAUUUGAUGUCGGAUCCAGAGUAUCCUCCCCGACACAUGACAGCACCAGCACCACCUACGGAGGAUGAAGAAGAUGGAGAAGUUGAGCGUGCUGGUGGAGUCUGUAUGGAAGCAAGACCUUUGGUAUCCUCUACAUCACCCAAUUCUGGCCCUACAAAGCUCAAUCAUCAGAUCGGAGUCGACAAGGCGUCGAGGGCGAGGAUCAAGGGUAGCAAGCACAGACAAUUCAAGGGCGAGAAACAACAACAACACAACCCUCCUCCUCCUCCUCCUCACAAUCAGACCGACAACGUCCACGACGGCAACAGCGCAAACAACAACUCUACAAGUGAAGGAGAGAAGGAAGGUCUACCACUAGACCUGCUCAAAUUCCUCAAUGUCGACCAGUCCAUCGAGGAUAUCGCCCGCUUUAUGGACCUCUUUCCGACCUUGCAGCCUAAACUUUUCCCGACUGGUGAAGGCGAUCCUGUCACGGCGUCCGCUCCUCCCCCUAAUCUUCGCUGGAUCCUGGCAGGGUGUUCUUAUGGCGGCAACCUGGCAGCAUGGACUCGACAACGGUACCCGUCCAAGGUCUUUGCUGCUUUUGCGUCCUCGGCGCCUGUUCGGUCGGCAUUGGACUUUUUCGAGUACAGUACUUCGCAGAUUGAUAUUCUGGGAGACAAGUGCUCGACACAGUUGGGACUUGCGCGGGACUUUUUGGAUGGCGCGCUUCAGAUGACUGACGGGUUCAUGCAACAGAUGGCUGCUGUGGAUUUGGAGAUCAAACAGCAAACCGCAGCAGGAAUCGUCAGCCCAACAGACUCGACAAGGCAGGAGCAAGGACGGACGGUGGCAGCGACGGGCGACUUUGACAACUUUUCACCACCAACAGUAACGGCAACGGAUCCGAUGCCAGUCGUUGGCGACGAUGACAAAGCGCGUCGCCAGGCAGCCAAGUUGCGCGUCCUGUCGUGGUUCAGUCCCGAUUUCGCACGCGAGUAUGCAGCAGAAGGUGAGGAGUUCCAUGCUGCCGGAUGGGUUUGGUGGACGGUCGCCAGUGCAGUCCAAUACAACGCUGUCGUGACCCCGAUCACCGUUCAGCCCGCACAGACAGCUGUCGACAUUCUUUGUGGCGCCAUGGGUCUUGCCGAAGAUGAUGACCCCGCAGGAUCCGGUUCUUCAACCAACAACAACAGCAGUAAUAGCAGUACGCUGGGUCAAUUGAGGUCUUUGCAAUACACCAAGGCCCUUGCGUCAUGGUUCAAGGAUCAGCAGUAUUUCACACCAACUAAACAGGAGGACCUUCAACCCUCGGAUCUGGACUCGACGUCUGUUCAGAAUUUGGCGGGGAUGGCGUGGCUGUGGCAGACGUGUAGUGAGUUGGGUUACCUCCAGACUGCGCAUCCUUCGACGUGUUGCUGCCCUUCUCUCGCCGGAUCUUCUUCGCCUUUCCAGUUCCUCGAUAACUUUGAAGAUAUCAAAAUCGGCAAUAGCCCAACAACAGUCAUUGAGCAGGGUUCCAACGCGACAUGCCCCUUGAUCCCAGACAGCGUGGACAGCACUUUUUAUUCAUCGACCUUUUUUCCUCCUCCUGAAGGAUCAUCUUCAUAUCAACUAACGGCCGCGACUAACGAGUCGUCACUGCCAUCAUUCUCAGCAGGAUCAACGCCAGGAGGAUCAAUGCCAGCAGGAUCAACAUGUCUUCCCUGCAGAUGCUACGCUAACGAGGCACAGAGGAGCGAGAGUGUCUUCUCCCGAUUACUGACACUCGAAGGCGCCUGGCAGGAAUGUCAGUUCUAUUUCGGCUCUACUCAUCCACUCGCCCGUAAUCCCAUCACCAAAACCUCCUCCUCUCCUCCUACUACUUCCUCUUCUCCUUCCUCCUUAUCAUCAUCAUUCAAAGAGACCACAGUCGUGGAAGCACCCAAUUUGAACCCCGCAGGCGCAUUGGAGGAGGUCGAUGUCUCCGCCACUACUAUUACUACCAAUCGCCAGAGAGAGCAGUCGCCAAGAGGACGUGGACCUUCAGACGACACGCAACGGUGCGCCGGCGCUAAUCCAAGGACAGGAGCAACCCAGCUGAACGAGAAACGCGACGACGUCUUGUUAAUGGGCUACCCGGACGUCGAGACCAACGUCAACACCAAAUUUCACGGUUGGGAGAUUGCACAGGACCCAUGUUACCCUUCUGGGAGUUCUGGUCACGGCAUCGAGACUGGCGGCGAAUACACCGACAGCAACAACAAUAAUCCACUGUCGAACGAAAUCCACUCUGGCUCGUCUUCAACCACCACCUCGACACCAGCAUCAGGAAGGACAGUCACGUCCGCUCAAGAUCCUGUAGCUGCUGAUGCUGCUGCCUCAACCCUUCGUCGGCCAAAGAUCGCUGAGAAAGGAAUUGUCGAACAGAAAUGUGGGAAGGAAACAGGGGAUGGAUCUCCUCGGAUAGCAUCGGAAUUGGACGACUGGUUGAUUGAUCAUCCCGGUGGGCGGUAUUACUUUACUAAUGGCGAGAAGGAUCCAUGGAAGGAGCUUACCCUAGCCAGCUCGAAGGCCCUCGAGUUCUUGAGUCGUCCGAAGGUUGAGAGCGAGACCGGCAAUAACAGCAAGGGAGGCGAUGUUGGAACUGGCGGCAAGAAGCGGGGCAGGAAGAGGGCGAGCUCAAAACAGGAUUCUGCUGCUCAGGCGCCCCCUCUUGAGUCUGCGGACUCAAUGGAGUCAGCGCCACUGGCGUCAUUUGAGAUUGGGCACGGAGGAGGGUCAAUUGGUGGACCCGUGGUACCUCAGGAUACGGUUAAAUAUAUCGAGGACGAGGAUCUCGUGGUGGUGGAGGAGUCAUCUCUCGCUCCAGCUCCAACGGCCGAAACAACAUCUACCUCGACCCAGCAGCGCGACUCUCGCGACCGUUACAAAGCGAAACACCAUCGUCGUCAUCAUCGCCACCGUCACCGCCAUCACCGUCACCAUUCACGCAAGCAUCAUCAUCAUCAUCAUCAUCACAAACAUAAACACCAUCCCAAGCGUCCAGUUUGCACCCGAUCCCCAGUCGACCCGUGUCAAAGAGGCCCUCCUCCUGCGCUGAUGUCAGGAGGACGAAGAGAUAUCGGCACCGCCCUGUCACAGCCAGAAUUGCCGGACCAGGACGAGGAUGUUGCCGGCGAGAACGAUGGUUAUGGAUCCGAUGGCUCGACAGUCAUCAUAGUCGAAGUUGACGAGCAUGAGAGAAAAGAUGAUGAGGAAAAAGAGGAAGACGAGGGAAGGACAAUCGAAGGCAACGACAACAACAGAAUUGGAGAGGACGAGUACGGCGAUCGGACGGUGAUUCGGAUCAUUUCUGACGCCAGCCAUUGUCAGGAUAUCCUGUACGAGUCAAGCGAUCAUAAUUCUGCCAAACUAAGGGCGGAGCGGGAGCAUGUUCUGAGGACCUUUGUGAGGUGGAUCGAGAUUGACAAUCGGCGGGUGCAGAGAGCAUUGGAGCGGCGACAGCAGCAGUAG